GUAUAUAAUAAAAUCAGAAUUCCCCCAAAGAAAAGCCUCAUUUGAAAGAGAAAAAAAUAAUAAAAUGAGAAAAGAAAUCCCUAAAGCCCUCGUUCAUGAAGCCCGUAAGGCAUAAACCUCUUUUCUCCAAGCAGGCAUCGGUUUGUUCCUAAAAACCCACCAAGAAAAAUCCUUCCUUUUUUUCAAUUCACAUGCCAAAGCGCCUAGUUUUGAAAGAGUAAUUUGAUCGAGCACCUGGGGUAUAAUGAAAGGCAGCAACAGAGCUACUGUUUUAACUCUCGCUGAGAAAUGCAAGAAUAUAUUGGCAUCAAGUUGGCAAGGUCAUCUUAAUACCAUCAAAUCUGAUGCCAAAGGAAGCAAAGAGAGUAUAUACACGUCGAAGGUUAAGUACAUUAUAAAGAGAGGGAAACCUUAUAUCUGGGUACCAGAACAUGAGUUACAUAAUGUGAACACUAUAAUUGAUGAACGUGGUUCAUUUUCUGUAGCCAGCCCCUUCCCAGGGCCUCUUGGAAAAUUGCUUAGAUCAGUGAACAAGUUUCCGGCACGGGUUGCUCUAACUGGAGAUGUUGUGCCUCUCAAAGAUAAAAAGGCUCAAUCAGCUGCUGAAAGCCUUAAAGAACUUAUUCUCUCUGAGGAGAAAGCAGUAAAAGAAUUCAGUUAUACAGUUUCUGGUGUAUUAAGUUCUUCUAAUCUCUUUUCCACAUCCCGGAGUGAAAACCUUAAGGAGCUGAUUGAUGGGGAUGAAAAGUAUGUGAUUUAUAAGUUCAAUCUAAGUUCUUGCAUGUUUGUUAAUGGCAAUGGAGGAACUCAUGAAGUAGACUUGGAAGAUAUUGAGAAGUGUAAAGCUGAUUUGCUAGCGCCUUAUUCUGCGAAGCUAAUUGAUGGUAUUAAUCAAAGUGAAGCAAGGCGCAGAGGACUGAUCCUUUUUUGUUUCAUAUACUUGAAUGUAAAUGCAAGAGAUGCAUGCAUUCUCUCUCUUGAUCGUAACGGAUUUGAUGUACUGGGAAAGGUUCGUAGCAAAGCAACCAAUGAUGAAGUCGAUGAAUACCAAUGGAAGCAAUUCAGGUUCACAUUCAAGGAAGAGGCACGAGAUGUUGAAUCUUUUUGCUGUCAACUUGUGCAAAUGGAAGAAGAGGCUGUCAAAAAGGUUUCAAGCUACAGUGGUCUGGGAUAAAAAGUGAAAUUGGGAUGUCAAUCUUACACAUGUACAACGGGGAAUCCGACUUUAGUCAAAUGAAGAUGGGAAUUGAUAUAAUUUUAAAUUUUUAUCAGAUAGAUACGGGAUGAGGAUGAGUAAUAUAACAACCGCUCUUUACCUGAACCCAUACCCUGUUGAUUGACAUCCCUGUUUGCUCACUCUCCAUGUUUCUUUAUUUGUUUCUUUAUCAUAUUAAGAUCAAUCUAAAAAAUAAUUUUAUUUCCAUUUAUGUAUUAUAAAUGAAUGAAAUGCCCUUUUUGCAAUUUAUUAAGGCACCAUUUGGGUUCAUUGCUAUCUAUACAAUUUUGGUGGGAUCAUGAUCAUGACAUCUUUUUUUGAUAUCU